CGCGCGGCUCCCCAAGGCUCGCAGGCGGAAGUGAGACGCCGGAAGCGGCCGUUGCCAUGGACUCUGAGGACGACUGGCUGGUGGAAUCCUUGCGCUUGUACGAGGAUUUCUAUGCAUUCGACCUCUCAGGAGCCACUCGAGUCCUUGAAUGGAUUGAUGACAAAGGAGUCUUUGUUGCUGGCUAUGAAAGCCUGAAAAAGAAUGAAAUUCUUCAUCUGAAAUUACCUCUCAGACUUUCUGUAAAGGAAAACAAGGGCUUAUUCCCAGAAAGAGAUUUCAAAGUGCGCCAUGGAGGAUUUUCAGACAGGUCUAUCUUUGAUCUAAAGCACGUGCCACAUACCAGAUUGCUGGUUACCAGUGGCCUUCCAGGUUGUUAUCUGCAGGUGUGGCAGGUUGCAGAGGACAGUGAUGUCAUUAAAGCUGUCAGCACCAUUGCUGUGCAUGAGAAAGAGGAGAGUCUCUGGCCUAGGGUGGCCGUCUUCUCCGCAAUGGCACCUGGAGUCCUCCAUGGGGCGAGGCUCUGCAGUCUGCAGGUCGUUGAUCUGGAGUCCCGGAAGACCACGUACACCUCAGAUGUCAGUGACAGUGAGGAGCUGAGUAGCCUGCAGGUCCUAGACGCAGACACCUUUGCCUUCUGCUGUGCUUUGGGCCGGCUGGGGCUUGUUGACACCCGCCAGAAGUGGGCACCGUUGGAGAAUCGCAGCCCUGGCCCUGGGUCUGGUGGAAAGAGAUGGUGUGCUGAAGUUGGGAGCUGGGGCCAGGGCCCUGGGGCCAGCAUUGCCAGCCUUGGCUCAGAUGGGCGUCUUUGUCUUCUUGACCCCCGGGAUCUCUGCCAUCCUGUGAGCUCAGUCCAGUGCCCAGUAUCCAUACCUAGCCCUGACCCAGAGCUGCUGCGAGUGACUUGGGCCCCAGUCCUGAAGAAUUGCUUGGCCAUCUCAGGUUUUGAUGGUACAGUCCAGGUCUAUGAUGCCACAUCUUGGGAUGGAACACGGAGCCAAGUAAAACCUCUCUUCACUCACAGAGGUCACAUCUUCCUAGAUGGAAACGGGAUGGACCCUGCUCCUUUGGUCACCACCCACACCUGGCAUCCCUGCAGACCAAGGACUUUGUUAUCAGCAACAAAUGAUGCCUCUCUGCAUGUGUGGGACUGGGUGGACCUUCGUGCCCCUCGCUGACACCAGCAUCUUUCCAUCCAGGCCUCUAGAAAGGGGAGGAGCUGCUGUAGUAGCAAGGGUGACUGCCAGUCCCUGUUACCAGCUGUGUGGCCUUGGGCAAGUCAACCAGCAUCACUUAGCCUCAGUUUCCUUAUCUGUAAAAUGAGGAUAGUAAGAACUACCUUGUAGUGAUAUUGCGAAGGUUAGAAGAAACGCAUGGCAUAAUUACUUGGUAGCUAUUGUUAGAUCUGGGAGUGUAAAAUGGCAGUGUUUUGUCCCUGUCUUCACACUAUCAUAGGGAGAAUCAAAAGAGCUAACAAAUAUAAACAUGCUUUGUGAAUUUUUUUAAAGAAAAAAAAUGUAGAGGGGCCAAUAAACAUGAAAAUAAUCCCAGCCCUAGUAGCAACUAAGGAAAUAGCAAAACAAGAUUUCUGCUCCUCUUGAGUGGUUCUCAUGGGAACACAGGUGCACUUUCCCACACUUGUCCCCCCAGGUGACUAGGUUCAAGAGACAUUUGCUUUUGGUGGCCCCACAAACAUUUCCUUUUGAGGGCCCAUAGUGAAUAUUAAAGUGUGCUGGACAUGGUGGCUCAUGCCUGUAAUCCCAGCACUUUCAGAGGCUGAGGUGGGCAGAUUGCUUGAGCUGAGGAGUUUGAGACCAGCCUGGGCAAUAUAAAAAGAUCCCUUCCCUUAAAAAACAAAUUUGGCUGGGCAUGGUGGCUCAUGCCUGUAAUCCCAGCAAUGUAGGCAGCCAAGACAGGUGGAUCACUUGAGUCCAGGAGUUCGAGACCAGCCUGAGCAACAUGGCAAAACCCUGUCUCUACUAAAAAUACAAAAAUUAGCCGGGUGUGUUGGUGUGAGCCUGCAGUCCCAGCUAUUCAAGAGGCUGAGGUGGGAGGAUUGCCUGAGCCUGGUAGUUGGAGUUUGCAGUGAGCUGUGAUCAUGCCACUGUAUUCCAGCCUGGGCAACAGAGUGAGACCCUGUCAUACACACACACACAAAAUAGAUAAGCUUAAAUAAGUUGUUCACUCUGUCAGCAUCUAUUAGCCCUUCCAAUGUGCAACACUAAUCACAUGCUAGAAAUACAUAAAUGAGAGGCUUCCUAAGGUGGUUGAAUUUCUCUCUUUUUUUUUUUUUUUGUAGUGGAGAUGGAGUCUUGCUCUGUCACCCAGGCUUGAGUGCAGUAGCAUGAUCUCGGCUCACUGCAACCUCCACCUCCCAGGUUCAAGCAAUCCUCCUGCCUCAGCCUCCCAAGUAGCUGGGAUUACAGGCACGCACCACCAUGCCCAGGUAAUUUUUGUAUUUUUGGUACAGACGGAGUUUCACCAUGUUGGCCAGAAUGGUCUUGAUCUCUUGACCUUCUGAUCUACCCACCUCAGCCUCCCAAAGCGCUGGGAUUAUAGGUGUGAGCCACCGCGCCCGGCCAGGGGAUUUCUCCUGUAUGAAUUUGCUGGUUAAGUGAUAAUUAACUGCAGUUAAAAUUCAGGUCAAGCAUGUGGCUCAUGCCUGUAAUCCCGGUACUUUGGGAUGCUGAGGUGGGAGGAUAGCUUGAGUCCAGGAGGAGUUCGAGAUCAGCCUGGGCAACGUGGUAAGCCCGUCUCUUAAAAAAAAAAAAAAAAAAAAGAUUUUUAUUUAAAAAACCUAAAUAAAUUCAGAUAGGAAUUUAAAGAUAGACCAGGCACAGUGGCUCACGCCUGUAAUCCCAGCACUUUGUGGGGGGCCAGGGUGGGUGGAUCACUUGAGGUAAGGAGUUCAAGACCAGCCUGGCCAACAUGGUGAAACCCCGUCUCUACGAAAAAUAUAAAAAUUAGACGGGCAUGGUGGUGGCACACCUGUAAUCCCCGCUACUCGGGAGGGUGAGGCAGGAGAAUUGCUUGAACCUGAGACGUAGAGGCUGCAGUGAACCGAGAUUGUGCCACUGCAUUCCAGCCUGGGUGACGGAGCGAGACUCCAUCUCAAAAAAAUAAAGAUAAAAUCAUAAACACUCA